AUUUUUUCAUUUCCCCCCCCCCAAAUUAAAUAAAUAAAAACAACAACAGCCAAGCUGUUGAGAUGAGAGGGGCGUCCGAAGCAAGGCUGGUUUUGAAAAUAAUUUUUUUUUAUUAUUAUUAUUGGUUUUGGUUCGUAGGGAGAAUCGGGGUGUCGCAGAGGGCCCGGUGCUCCGCAGCUUUCGCAUCCGCGCCGGCCUGCAUGCGGGCCAGAUGGCUUCCUGCAAAGGAUCGGCCAGCAGUCCCGGAAGCGCUCCCGCCGGCAACGGCCGAGACCGGGAAGACGUGGAACUGGCUGAGCUCGGACCCCUUUUAGAGGAGAAAGCGGAUCCGGGAACGUCUCGUUCGGCCAACAGCCCGUGCCAGCCAUGCCCGGUCACGCAGGAGGAAGAGGAGGAGGAAGUCAGGGUGCUGACCCUCCCUUUGCAAGCCCACCACGCCAUGGAGAAGAUGGAGGAGUUCGUCUAUAAAGUCUGGGAAGGCCGGUGGCGGGUCAUCCCGUACGACGUCCUGCCCGACUGGCUGAAGGACAACGACUACCUGCUCCACGGCCACCGGCCCCCCAUGCCGUCCUUCCGCGCCUGCUUCAAAAGCAUCUUUCGCAUCCACACCGAGACAGGGAACAUCUGGACCCACCUGCUAGGCUUCGUGCUCUUCCUGGCCCUGGGGGUCCUGACGAUGCUGCGCCCCAACAUGUACUUCCUGGCGCCCCUGCAGGAGAAGGUGGUCUUCGGGAUGUUCUUCCUCGGCGCCGUGCUAUGUCUCAGCUUCUCCUGGCUCUUCCACACCGUCUACUGCCAUUCGGAGAAGGUCUCGCGGACGUUCUCCAAGUUGGAUUAUUCUGGAAUCGCCCUGUUAAUUAUGGGGAGCUUUGUACCAUGGCUCUACUACUCCUUCUACUGCUCUCCCCAGCCACGACUCAUUUAUCUGUCCAUCGUCUGCGUUCUGGGCAUCUCCGCCAUUAUCGUCGCUCAGUGGGACCGCUUCGCCACCCCCAAGCAUAGGCAGACCCGAGCAGGAGUCUUCCUCGGGCUGGGCCUGAGCGGCGUUGUACCCACAAUGCACUUCACCAUCGCGGAGGGCUUCACCAAGGCCACCUCGGUGGGGCAGAUGGGAUGGUUCUUCCUGAUGGCCGUGAUGUACAUCACUGGAGCCGGCCUCUACGCCGCGCGUAUUCCCGAAAGAUUCUUCCCGGGAAAGUUUGACAUUUGGUUCCAGUCCCAUCAGAUUUUCCACGUCCUGGUGGUGGCAGCGGCCUUCGUCCAUUUCUACGGCGUCUCCAACCUGCAGGAGUUCCGUUACGGGCUGGAAGGCGGCUGCACGGACGACUCGCUGCUUUAAGAAGCAGCGGGAAACAGCCCGCAAAAGUUCCCGAAGGGCUUUUUUUUCUUUGGGUUCCCGGCGGAUUUUCUAUUUCUCGACUAAAACCGAAAGAUAGCUUUUUUUAUUAAAAAAAAAAAGACAAAAACGAAAAACCGAAACUCGGCGACGACGUCGAGGUCGCCUGGUGAGGAAGGAGAGCAGAGCGUCUCGUUCCUGAGGCCGCCGCCUGUGCGGUUCGUCGGCUUCCUCGCUUCCCCGCGGGAAUGUCUCACUCGGCGGGGAGAUAGCUCCGUCGAGGAAUUCCCCCGGACUGUUUCACGGACGUUCUCGACAAAAUCACGUAUGGCUAAAAGGAAAGUAUUUAAUAUUUAAGAUGAGGUGCUGCUCGUCGGCUGCUGGAUCCUAGCGCGUCGUCGGUGGAACUGCAGGCGAAUGGGAUUCGAGUUGCCGCGCUGCUGUGACUUUUGGCGUGGAGGCGCUUGAAAUAAACAGUCUGAAGCUGUGGAUUCCGGGGUGUUGGGGAAUUGGGUCGAGGGAGGUGGGUUCACCAGGUGUGCACGUAUCUACUCAAUCCAGGGGCUCAGCCUUGCUUCUUACUACGUGGUCCUUUUAGCUGGAUCUUCCGUGUCCCCUCCGAGUCGUCCCCCUUGAUUUGCUCGAUCCAUUGCUUUUUCCUUGCCGUGCACAACGCAGGGAGGAGGGUUUGGAGGGGGCGGAGCUUCUGGUUAGCAAAAGGCCACCUGCGCCGACAGGUGAAGAGAGGUGGAGCGAAGGUAUGGCAAGGUUGUCGCUGACGUGGGACAAGACGAAGAAAGCUCCGGUGUGUCGUAAAGCUUCUGUCUAACAGCACGGUCGAGGGUCACGAGAGCGAGUUCUCCGCCUGAAGUGGCCUUGCCGGAGUAACCCUGCUUGGCCUUACUGCUACUCCAUCUCUCUUUCUUACUUGGGCUUGGCAAUUUUCUCUCCCAGACGUUUCGUGACCCAACUAGGGAACAACAUCAGUGGUAGAAGGAAAGGGGGGGUCACUCUCUGUUUAUAUACAGUCCCUUUUGGCACUGAUGUCGUUCCUUAGUUGGGUCGUGAAAUGUUUGCGAAGACCCCACAGUCCUUUCUUCUCCUCCUCCCCACAAAUCUUACUCCGUUCUAGCCCUGAUUAUAUUCCGUAGUUGGGUUCUGAAAUGUUUGAGAAGAAAGGGAGCACCAAGGACCUCACCGUCGUCGUCCUCCUUCUCUCUGCACACCCAACUCCCUUGUAGCAUUGUUGACGUUCCCUAGUUGGGUCAUGAAACGUCUGCGAGAAAACCCACCCAGCUCAGAGAGCACCAAGGACCCCACAAUCGUCGUCCUCCUCCUCUUCUUCUCCACAAAUCCUACGCCGUUCUAGCGCUGACGAUGUUCCCUACUUGGGUCGUGAAGUGUUGGCAAAGAGAGCACCGAGGAUCCCGCAGUCAUCGUUCUCCUCCUGUCUGCACACCCAACUCCCUUGUAGCAUUGUUGACGUUCCCUAGUUGGGUCGUGAAACGUCUGCGAGAAAGCCAGCCAGCUCGGAGAGCACCAAGGACACCACAGUCCAUUCCCUGAGCUACAAAUACGCUCUCAGUAUUUCUUGGGUUUGUUUCCUGGGGGCCCUCUUGUUUCCUAAAAGCUUACUGUUAAUUGUAGAAUGUGUAGGAGGAGAGCCGUGUUCGAAAUAAGGAAUCUGGUAGCCCCCUUUUUUUUUUUUAUUAAGAAGCACCGGCUUUCGCGAGCUGCGGAAAGCGGAGGCCGCUGAACGCAGUUUGUGAGUUGGAAAAAGUGCUGUCCCAACGUCUUCCUGACCGGCGUUUGAGGAAGGCAUUAUCCUUCCCAUCUCUGCCAGCGAUCUGACAGGAACGAGUCCAGCUGUGAGUUUUCAUCCUACCCGUUUUAGCAAGUAUUAUCAGUUCUGCCCUCGUACAGUCAUGGUGGCGCGCGUCGCGAGAUAAGAUAGCAAAGGCCUUCCUGUUGUUUCGGAUGGAUUACACAACCGAAGGUUUGGCUCGCCAGGGGCGGAAAGCGGAAAUCAGCCCAUUCCUAUCUUUGUACUUUCCACCUACGCGCGGCUUGUUGCUUUGAGCUCUCUGGGUUCUUGCGAGGAAGAUGUACUUCGUUGUAUUAAAUACCCGUUAAGAAUGUGCAAAGUUUUGGAGGCAAACUGGAAAGGAGAGGUCGCACGGUCCCAGUAAGAGAGGUAGCUGCUUUUGUCAGCUUCAAAGCAGUGAGGGGUUGUUGAGAGGUAGCUGCUUUGGUGAGCUUCAGAGCAGUGCUGAAUUCUUAAGAUGUAGCAGCUUUGAACUAGGAUUGGGUUGUCGAGAUGUAGCCACUUUGAUGAGCUUCAAAGCAGGGAUGGGUUGUUGAGACGUAGCUGCUUCGAUGAGCUUUGAACUAUUGCUAAGUUGAGAUGUAGCUGCUUCGGUGAGCUUUGAACUGUUGCUGAGUUGCUGAGGUGUUGCUGCUUUGAUGAGCUUCAAAACAGUGGUAGGUUGUUGAGGUAGCUGCUUUGAUGAGCUUUGAACUGUUGCUGAGUUGUUGAGUGUGUAGCUGCUUUGAUGAACUUCAAAGCAGUGCUGAGUUGUUGAGAUGUAGCAGCUUUGAACUAGUAUUGGGUUAUCGAGAUGUCGCUGCUUUCAUUAGCUUAAAAGCGGUGAUUGGGUUGUUGAGAUGUAGCUGCUUUGAUGAGCUUCAAAGCAGUGGUGGGUUGUUGCUUGGUAGCUGCUUUAAUGAGCUUUGAACUAUUGCUGAGUUGAGAUGUAGCUGCUUUGAUGAGCUUCAAACUAUUGCUGAGUUGAGAUGUAGCUGCUUUGAUGUGCUUUGAACUAUUGCUGAAUUGAGAUGUAACUGUUUUUAUGAGCUUCAAAGCAGUGAUGGGUUGUUGAGACGUAGCUGCUUUGAUGAGCUUCGGACUAGUUGAUGGGUUGUUGAGAUGUAGCUGCUUUGAUGAGCUUCAAAGCAGUGAUGGGUUGUUGAGGUAGCUGCUUUGAUGAGCUUUGAACUAUUGCUGAGUUGAGAUGUAGCUGCUUUGAUGAGCUUCGAGCUAGUGAUUGGUUCUUGAGAUGUAGCUGCUUUGAUGAGCUUCGAACUAGUUGAUGGGUUCUUGAGAUGUAGCUGUUUUGAUGAGCCUCAAAGCAGUGAUGGGUUGUUGAGGUAGCUGCUUUGAUGAGCUUUGAAAUAUUGCUGAGUUGCUGAGGUGUAGCUGCUUUGAUGAGCUUCGAACUAGUGAUUGGUUCUUGAGAUGUAGCUGCUUUGAUGAGCUUCGAAUUAGUGCCGGGUUUUUGCAAUAUGGCUGCUUUUAUGAGCUUCAAAGCAGUCCUGGGUUGUGGAGAUGGAGGUGGCUUAAUGAGCAUUAAAGCCUUCUUGGGUGUUGAGAUGUAGCUAUUUAACAUGCUGCAAAUCAGUGAUGGGUUGUUCAGAUGUAGCGGAUUUCAUGAGCUUCCAACCAGUGCUGGGAUGUUGAGAUGUAGUUGUUCUCACGAGCUUCCAGUCAGUGCCUGGUUAGUGAGACAUCGCUGCUUUAAUAAGCUCCAAACCCAUGCCGGACGUUGAGAUGCAGCUGCUCGAAUGAGCUCCAGGACACUGUUGGGUUGUUGCGAUGUGGCUGCUUUCAUGAACUCCCCACCAGCACCGAGUCCUCGCUCUCAACUCAAUCUGAUCCACUGCCCCCGUUUGUAAACUUUAAUAAGAAGAUCUGCUUCUUCGCUUCUUAGUUGAGUCAAAGGGCCGAUGGUCUUGGAGGAACCGGUUCGAGUUUCCCGGCCUUUUUGAUCCACCGAAGACGCAACCUCUUCCCAUCUCUCCAUUCAUCACACAAAAAAAAAUGGCAAUGCCCACUGCUCAGUUGUAUUAUUUGCAUCAGGACGGGCUAGAGCGAGGAGACGACCUCCACAGCCAAGGAAAGUCCACCUUCAGCCGUAAACAGAAUCGGCCUACCAUAGUUUGCCAGUCUGACCUUGCUGCUUUCAUGAGUCCACUUCCCUAACCAUCACAGGGCUGGCUGUGCGAAGUCAGUCAUUGCGGCGUUUGUGUACCACACGACCAUUGAUGAUUCAGUUCCCUCAAAACGGGGAUUCUCUCGUGACGUAACCUGGUUAACAGAAGUUGCGGAGACAUUCUGUGUUUCUAUGGUCUGCCUCGCUUGUCACCUUCCGACUCACAGUCCGCCACUUGUGGUGCGUUGUGUUGCGUUCUUAGGCUCCAGAUAUAUCCCAGCUUUGUGAGAAGAGCUACUGUUCCAAGCUUGGUUCAAACGUGCUAGAAGAACAUUAGGACCAUCUUCAAACGAUUGUCUUAUCUUGCUACAGGUAGUCCUUGAUUUAUGACAACUCCGCCCCCAAGUUUCUGUUGUUAAGCGAGACAUUUGUUAAGUGAGCUUUGCCCCAGUUUAUGACCUUUCUUCCCACAGUUGUUAAGCGAAUCACGGCCGUUGUUAAGUCACCUGGUCCUUAAGCGAUUCCAGCUUUCCCAUUGACUUCACUCAUCAGACGGUCGCAAAAGAGGAUCACGUGAACGCUGGGAACACUUGAACCGUCAUAAGUGCCAGUUGCCAAACAUCUGGAUGUUGAUCACAUGACCAUGAGGAUGCUGUAAGGCUGAUAAGCGUGGAAAGGGUCAAAAGCGGCUUUUUUUUAAUGCCGUCGUAACUUCAAACGGUCAGUAAAUGAACUGCUGAAACUGUACAUUUCUCGUUCGGUCGUUUGUGGGGACUGGAGAACGGGACGAAAAGGUUUUGUGCUACCUCAACAUUGCCUAAACCGUUUGUCGACUUGUUCAUCCUCCACACCGUUUAAUGUGCCACGGCGUUUUCUAGACCUUGGCAAUUUGAAACUGUACAGACUCCGAUUCCCAGCAUUCCUCAGCCCACACAGGGAAUUCUGGGAGUCGGAAGUCCAGGCAUGCUAGCUGGACAAUUCUGGGAACUCAACCCUGCACAUUUUCCAGUUCCCACAGUUGAGAAAACCCUGAACUGGAGGCAACCCUCCAUAGUGUUGUUGGUUCAUGUUGUGUGACUGAUUAACACAAGAAUGUGGAGGUUUUGUUUGUUUUUUUGAAGAUCCGCAGGACGGACUGAGCCCAAAAUAUUUUGCAUUUUUGCCGGAACGUCUGGAUUUGAAUUUCCUAAAAAAUUUAUCGUCGACUUGUAUCGCCGACGACAAAAGCUCUCCAUCCCCAGGAAGAAUGUAAACUUUCACAAGUUCCAUUUCGAUCUUCUCUUGCGAAAUGAAAGAAUUAAAAUCUUUUUUAAAAAAAAAAAACAUUCAAGCAGUCCUCGGCUUACCUUUUGUUUACCGACAAUUUGAAGUUAUGGUGGCACUGGAAAAAAAGUGACUUUAAAGACCGGUCCUCACACGUACGACCAGUCCUUACGCUUAGGACCGUCACAGCAUCCGGAUGGCUACACAACGUGGAAAAAAAUUAUGAGUGCACAACUGUGAGCAGCAUCCAUUCGCGGCCACCAACUGUGUGAGUGGUUAUCUCAGCUCUUCCUUUUGAUACCCAGCAAAGAUGGCUGUGGAUACAAGGGGGUGUGUGGGUGUGUGAGUGUGUCCCCAGGCACACACAAACACACCUCCCUCAGCAGGAGAAGACAAUGCCCAGAAUAAAGAACCAAUUUGACCGGGUGUGUUACAAGCCUGUUAAUUAGCAACAAUCAAAACUUCCAGUGUUGGAGCAUUCACCGCUUCCUGGUGGCAAGUUGUUCCACUGGUUAAUUGUUCUCACUGUCAGGAUGUGUCUUGUAAAGUCACUGCCCGAACGGACGCUAGCUACACAAGCAGCCCUCGACUUAACAACCGUUCAUUUAGUGGCUGAAGUUACGACGGCGGUGAAACAAGCGACUUCACGACGACUUUUCCCACUUGGUGGACCGUCUCGUCUCAAAAUUCAGGCACUUCGCAACUGGUGUGUGUUUGCGACGGACGCCGCUGGCGUGCGAUUCCCCUUUUCCGAUCCUCUGACGAGCGGGGUCCAAAUGUCGGGAAAGCCAGAUGCGCUUAAACCACCGCACGAUUCGCUUAACGACCGUCCCGCGUUCGCUCAACCGUCGUCACCUUAAAACGGCUGCCCUUGGCUUAACCUGGGGAACGUUUGAUUUUAUUUUGAUUUCUAUGGUGUCUCCAAUUUUCCGGAAUUCCGCAGACGAUUAUGGUCAUAAGUCAAAGACAAGGUCGUAAGCAUUUUACGGGAACAAUGAGAGGAUAAUAGAAGUAGUCAAACCUAUGUUAAUAACCACGGUAUAUAAUGUAUUUAUGAAAGGAACUAAAACGAUAGUUGGUGGAGGAAAAAAAAUCUCUUUUAACACCUCUGUUGUUUCAGUAACAAUCGGGAUGACGCGGUUUAUCAUGUAGCUGUAAAGGUUCGAUUAAGAACAGAUGUAUUCCAGUAUAUUUUUUCUUUUUUUUUUCUGUUCUUUUUCCGGACGGAGGCGACGUCUUCGUGACGACGCCCCCGUUCCCGCAGUUUGUAAAAUAGCCACGAUUGUAAGAGAUUGUAAGAGCAAUAAAACCUUUUUAAAUUAGUA